UGGCAGGAAAAUCCGGGCCUUCUUGAAGAGAGGACGAGAGACAGGUGUGUCACUAGAACGAGAAAGGCCCCACCCACAAACCUGUCCCUGACAGGUUGAGUUCCACCCUGUAAACAUCUUCAAUCCUUUCAUUUGACCCUUUGUUUGAGACCAAGCACAUAACUCUCAAGCCACUCGGUGAGGCAGGGUUCAGGCGGAGGGGGUGACAACACAAGGGCACCCUCGUGUUGGGCUGCAUCUGAGCCAACCACACUUUCACUGGCCACUCCCUGUGCUCUGGCCCCCCUCAUCUGAGAAGAGAAAGAAGAGCCUUGAGAAUCAACCACAGCCUCGUCAGGUAGAAGAAAUGGCAACAAUUAGGAGUUUUGAGGGAUUCCAGCCUGUGUCUCUGAAGCAAGAGGGGGAUGACCAACCUUCUGAGACUGACCAGCUGUCCACAGAGGAGGGGGACCCAGUCAAGGACCCCGAGCCAAGACAAAUUUCAAGGCAGCCAAGUGUGACUGAAUCAACACUCUACCCGAAUCCUUAUCACCAACCUUUUGUCUCACGGAAGUACUUUGCUACACGGCCGGGGGCCAUUGGGACUGCCAUGGAAGACUUGAAAGGCCACAUAGCCAAGACUUCUGGAGAAACAAUUCAAGGCUUCUGGCUCUUGACAGAGAUAGACCACUGGAACAAUGAGAAGGAAAGGAUUUUGCUGGUCACAGACAAGACUCUCUUGAUCUGUAAAUAUGACUUUAUCAUGCUUAGCUGUGUGCAGUUGCAACGGAUUCCCCUGAGCUCUGUCUACCGAAUCUGCCUGGGCAAGUUUGUCUUCCCUGGGAUGUCACUGGACAAGAGGCAAGGAGAAGGCCUUAGGAUCUACUGGGGGAGUCUGGAACAGCAGUCCCUCUUUUCCCGCUGGAACCCGUGGUCCACUGAGGUACCUUAUGCGACCUUCACUGAACACCCUAUGAAACAGACCAGUGAGAAGUUCCUCGAAAUUUGUAAGUUGUCCGGGUUCACGUCUAAACUUGUUCCAGCUAUCCAGAAUGCCCACAAGAAUUCCACUGGAUCUGGAAGAGGAAAGGGGCUGAUGGUGCUAACUGAACCAAUUUUGAUUGAGACCUACACGGGGCUGAUGUCAUUCAUUGGAAACCGCAACAAACUUGGCUAUUCCCUUGCCCGUGGGAGUAUUGGUUUUUGAGACUCAUUUUGGUGUAUAAGUAUGUCAUCCAUCAGUAUAUCUUUAUUGAAUAUUCUGUUUCAGACCACUAUAUUUUUGGACUGAAACAAUUACUUUUAAAUACUACUAUAUGAUUUUGAAUACUUAGUGUCUUAGGAAAUCUAAAAGCUUGAUUAGACUGAUAGAUGCAUACCUCAGACCUCAUACAUGAAUAAUCAAAUUUCCUAAAACCAGAAAAUGCACUCUCUUAAGCUCAUUAAAUAAUGUUAUCAAUGAAUCAUAAACUGAGGGCACACUCUUUGGGUUCUUAUUCAUCUGUCCUUUAAAGUAGGCAUUUUCUGGAUCUUGAUCUAGAGUCCUUUGAUUCUGAUCUUCUCUUUCACUGGGGUCUGACUGUAUUAUUUUAGCUACUCUUUUUAUGAGGAUGACUUCCAAAUCCAUAUUUCUAUCCCUGAGAUUUCUUCAAGGUUCAAUUUUGCAUUUCUUUCUGCUGAUCAUCUAUACCAGUGUUCCAGUGGGCAUUCACAUUCAGCAUCUUCAAAACCCUGGGUUCUCUGUGGCAUUUUUAUGGUUCCAGUCAUUGUCCUUGAAAUCCAUCAGUUUUGAUAUAUCUAAAUUCCUUGCCAAAUAAUUUCAUAUGGUGGCUUUCUUAGUCUCUUUGGGCUGUUAUUACAAAAUACCACACACUGAGUGGCUUACAAAAAACAGAAAUGUAUUUCUCACAGUUCUGGAGGCUGGAAUUCAGAGCAGGGUGCCAGCCUAGUCAGGUGAGGGCCCUCUUCCCAGGUUAUAGACUUCUCAUCAUACCUUCAUAUGGUAGAGGGGCAAGAGGGUUCUUUUGUGCUUCUUUUAUAAGGGCAUUAAUCUUAUUCAUGACAGCGCUGCUUUUAUGACUGAAUCACUUCUCAGAGGCCCCACUUCUUAAUACCAUCACAUUGGGGUUUAGGAUUUCUGCAUAUGAAUUUUGGGGGGUCACAAACUGUCAGACCAUAGCAGUACCAAACUUAUGUGUGGCUUAGCAUUGUACCCCAAUGCCCAGAUGUCAAGCUUAAAGUGCAUUCUUCUUUGAAAAUUGUUCAUGAACUUCGCCAUUCCAUUUUCACAGGUAUAUAUUAUUCGAUCAAGUGUUGAAUUCUGUUCCCCUGCAUAAUUUUGCCAUAGCCUUUUACUUGGGAUCUUUGAUCCGAGGCUGACUCUAUUCUAAUCCAUCUUGCAUUUGGUUGCCAGAUUUCUAACGCACAAUUUGACACUAUCACUCCCUGUUCAAGAACUUUUAACGUCUCAAUUUCCGUAUUUUUUUUUAAAGAUUUUAUUUAUUUAUUUGACAGAGCGACAGCCAGCGAGAGAGGGAACAC